AUGUCGCAUCUUCUCUGGAACGUGUGCUGUGAAUUGGUUAGAGGCUGUUUCGAUGCUUUCAGAGGAUUAGCGUUUGUGUGGCAGUUGGAUAAGGAUGAAGAAUACGUUGUUAUUAAUAAUGCACCCCGCGCAGCACCAAAGACGGUCAUGCAGCAGAGAAGAGAGCUUCGGGGAACAGUAGCACGACCUGCAGAGCGGAUCUAUCGGCGCAGGGAGCGUGUGUGGAAGCGAGUGUUCCAAUGUGUUGUCAUCAAUGCGGGAAUAUGGUUGCUGGUUUGGGCACUUCUGAAGUUGUGCUCAUCUGGCAAUGAUAUGUCUGCCGGUGUCAUCUCAGUUCUGUCACAUUUGAUCGUUCUUCCCAUAUUCGUCUUCACUCGCAUUGUGCUUGCUUUAUGGUUUUCUGACAUUGCUGGAGCGUGCUUGCGGACACUGAAGUUGGAUCCUCCUCCAAGUGUUGAAUUCAGCACAGCUCUAUCUGAUGUGCUCGUAUCGCUGUUGCUGGGAUGUGUUUUUCUUGCGCAGGGUCUGCUCAUGUCGUAUCUUCCGCUACCAAGCUUUUUGUGCUCUAUCAUAUCUUUCAUUCACUUAUCUCUUCUUAAUUCGAUGUACAGCUUUGAAUAUUUCUGGUCAUCUCGCAGUGUGCUACUUCAUAAACGUAUUGAACGCCUGGAGGCGUAUUUGCCAUAUUUCAUUGGAUUUGGUGCUCCCCUUACCCUUGUUUCUACAUUGAGCAGCAAUUUCCUGCUUAAAUGGUUGUGUGUUUGGCACGCGACAUGGGAAAGACCGAAAGAAUUAAGGAGAGAAUCACCGGUGAUAAAUAUCUUUACUCCAUCGCGUUUGGUUACGGAUGGAUUUGUAAACUUUUUCUCAGGAAUGGUCGUUCAGCAGCCGAGGAUUCGGAUGACUCAACCUGGUAUUGAGGGCCUAGCCGUAGGCCUAAACAAAGGCCACAAAGUGACGAAAAUUGACCGCAAACCUCGUCAGAAUCGACACAUUGGAGCUUGUAGCAAGAAGUCCAAGGUUGUGCGUGAACUCGUAAGAGAGAUCACUGGCUUUGCUCCCUAUGAGAGACGUGUUCUUGAGUUGUUGCGUAUAUCCAAGGAUAAGCGUGCACUCAAGUUCUUGAAGAAGCGAGUGGGUACCCACCUUCGUGCCAAGAAGAAGAGAGAGGAUCUUCAGGGCGUCAUUGUUGCCCAACGUAAACACCACAAGUAA